CCAUUAGCCUGGUUGUUACGCAUUUGCCAGCCAGUCCGCCCGACCGGAGCCCGGCUUUCUGGGGCAGCAUGGCGGGGUCGCCGCUGCUUCGGGGGCCGCGGGCCGGGGGCGUCGGCCUCUUGGUGGUGCUGCUGCUAGGCUUGCUCCGUUCACCUCCCUCGCUCUGCGCAAGGCCAGUGAAGGAGGCUCGCAGCCUGGGCGCGCCCUCGCCGCCAGUGGUGGAGGCCAGCGGUGCUCGCCGCUUCCGACGGGCACUGCCGCGGGCGGAAGCGGCGGGGGCGGUGCAGGAGCUGGCGCGGGCGCUGGCGCACCUGCUGGAGGCCGAGCGGCAGGAGCGGGCGCGGGCGGAGGCGCAGGAGGCCGAGGACCAGCAGGCGCGUGUCCUGGCACAGCUGCUGCGCUCCUGGGGCGCUCCCCGCACCCCGGAGCCACCUCCGGCCUUGGACGACGACCCGGACGCCCCAGCCGCCCAACUCGCCCGCGCCCUGCUUCGCGCCCGCCUCGACCCGGCCGCCCUUGCAGCCCAGCUGCUCCCUGCCCAGGCCCCUGCACCACUCAGGCCCCGGCCCCCAGUCUACGACGAUGGUCCCCCUGCGGGCCCCGAACCAGAGGACGCGGGCGAUGAGACGUCAGAUGUGGACCCCGAGUUGCUGAGGUACUUGCUAGGGCGGAUCCUCGCUGGAAACUCCGAGCCUGAGCCCGCCGCUGCCCCACGCCGCCUCCGCCGAGCCGCCGACCAGAAUCCAACCCCUGACGUGCUGCCCGAGGGCGUGCUGGGGGCUUUGUUGCGGGUGAAACGCUUGGAGACCCCCGCGCCUCAAGCGCCAGCCCGCCGCCUCCUGCCACCCUGAGGGAGGCCAGACCCUUGUCUCUCUGGGGCCUCAGUCCCGGUCCCCAACCCUGGCCUGCCUGUCCCCCCAUUUACGCCCCCGCCAGCACGUCAGCGCCCGCCCACACCAGCUAGUAGCAUUUGCUGCGCUGUAACAAGAGCCCCACCUCUGUCCCCACAAUAAAUCCGAUCUGAAGCAA